UACCUCCACGUAUUCGUCUCUGGUAAUAAUCUCCAUCACAAAUCUCUUUUUUUUUUCUUUUGUGUGACUCUUGUUUCUGGUGGUACAGUUUGCUCAUCGAUUGAAUCGAUUUGUAUUUCUUCCACACAAGAAAAAUGGAUUUGUACUUGUUUCUGGAUUUUAUAUAUCUGGUGUAAUUGUGAUUUAAUCAAAGCCUCUGGAGAAGAUCUGUAGGUACGUACAAAUGUCUGAACAUGUUAUGGUUUUGGGUAAAGGUAACAAAGGAAUCAGCAAGAAUUCUUCAGUCAAUCCAUAUGAAUCAGCUUGGUUAGGUCGUUGGACUCAGUCAGGUAGUGAAGUGAAGUUUCAUGAUGGUGAGACCAAUUGCUCUAAGCAGUUGAUAAGACCUGAAGAUGAGAAUCAUGGAGUCGAGGUCUUGCCGUUUCCUAUGUUCAAGGUUUCUCAAAAGAGAGAGACUACUACUACUACUACUACUAAACCGUCUUUCCAUGAAGAUGUUGGUUCAAGCUCGAGAGCUAUGGUUAAUAGAAUGCCCUGGAUGUAUCCGCAAGGAGAGAACUUCAGUUCUAGUAACCGUCUUGACUUCCCAAUUCAAGAAAAGACUACUCAAAACUUGCUAGAGUUGAUAAGACCGGUGAGGAUUUACGCAACGGUUGAUUCUGUUAACUUGCCUAAAGAAGAUAGUCAUCAGUUAUUGAAGGGGUCUACAGUUUCCAUGAAACUGAAAGGGAAGAUUUUUGGUGGAUAUCUUGAUCUGUUUCCUAAUCAAGAUCACUCCCACAAUAGAGGAGGAGUAAGGCUGCAGUCUCUAGAAAGCUCAAAGGAUACUCAAGAAGAUGGACCGAGAAAAAAUGAAUCAUCGGCAGAGACUAAUACCUUAGAAAUGGAUAGACUUCAGACUAUACAUCUUUCCGGCUCCAUUUCUUCGUCAUCAACUAAGGGAAAAGGAAUAAAAGGCUACUCAGCCAUUCCAAGGACCGAAAUACCUGACAUGAAUGAAGAACCACCUCUUGUUCCGGAUAGAGAGAAUUCAGUAGAUGGACAUCAGGGAGAAACAAGCAACUCGGCUACUCAAAGUAUGAAUGUGGAACACUUUCUGUCCAGAGAUUGCAAACGUGUGCGGUUGGAACCAGAAGUAGAAGCCAGCAGUAGAUGGGUCAAGCGUCUGAAGACAAGCCCCUCAGAUUCCAGUGAAACCAAGAGCAUGAUGAAGAUGAAAGAAGCAUCACUGGGAGAAAAAGAGAACAAUAAUCUAUUCCUUGAGAUCUUGAAGUCCGGAAUCAACAAUCUCCAACCGAGAAAUCAAGAACCCGUCGUUUCACAGAGCAAUGAUCUGAGACAAGGAGGAGAUGACAUUACACUUCUGCAUCCAUGGAUCCAGAGGUGGUGCAAGAAGAAAACUACAUCAACAGAUCAACCAACAGGGCAAGAAGCUAGCUUUGAGCCAGAGAGUCACAAGGAGUUCGAGAAGAAACAGUAUCCGAGUAUUGCAGCCAUGGCAUUGAUGGGGAAGGCUCUGAGCGGUUUAAACCCAUAUGGUCUUAGAAAGACCAACUCUCUCAUGGUUUGGAAUGCAAGGGAUUUGAGUUUUACAUACAGAUCUUUACGGUGGAAUUUAACGAUGGCAGAUUGGCCCUUACUUCCGAAUGACUUACUAGAACUAAUCAUGGGUCAUCUUGAGACAUCUUUCGAGAUUUUCCUCUUCCGUUCCGUCUGCAGCUCAUGGCGGUCUGUUGUACCUCCACUAGAUCAUUCCCGCUGCUUAGGUAUCAAAACUCAUGAUAUAUCGUUCAAUGUCGGCUUUUCGUUCAACGGCCGACCAACGAAUGAAUAUUGCACACUAAAAAAGAUUCCAAUAUAUCUCGUGAAAUUCUGGACUCCGUUUGGUGAUGAUUAUCUAUUGGCAGAGAUGCGUGAACGAAAUGAUGGGGAACCGAAGUUAUUGUUGUCGCCCUUGUCAUCUAAUGGUAUCAAGUAUGGAAUGGGAAUAAAUAAAGUGUUGUUCAACUCUCUUACCUCACCAAUUAUCCCAUUUGGACAAUACUACGAGAUAACCUACAUUGAGAAGCGACCCAGUGAAUACCGCUUUGGAUUUCCCUAUAAACUAGAGUGGGUGGAGAUUACCGAGAGAGUUGAAUUUCUUAAACUGGAUAGUGAAGAUAGCAGAGAUUUUGCGGUGCUUUUUGCUGGAAGAAUGUGCAAUUUGGUGAUGUAUAGAAGCCGUAACAUGAGUUGGACUCAAGUUGUGGAGCAUCCUGAAAAGUAUGCAUAUCAAGAUUUGGUUGCAUUCAAAGGAAAGUUUUAUGCUGUUGAUUCAAGUGGAAGGGGACGGGUCUUUGUUGUCGAACUUUCUUUCGAAGUUACGGAGAUCCCCUCAGUCGGAGGAUCGCAACAGUCUUCUAAAGAAAGUCUGGUGCAGUCAGGCGAGGAGUUGUUGCUAGUGCAACGGUUCACACCUGUUGGGCGGCGUUAUGAUGAAUAUAUAUAUAUACAUGGUUCAGAGUGUUUAGACUUGAUGAAGAAAGAGGAAAGAGAAAGUGGGUUCAAGUUAAUGACUUGAACGACCGAGUGAUCUUUCUUGGAGCUCAGACGAAUCUCUGCUGCUCAGUACAUAAGCUCCCAGGUGCAAAGGAGAAUUGCAUUGUGUUCAUUGAAUCAAAUGAUUGUUUCAUCAUUGACAAUGACUCAGUCCUUUUGUUUGACUUAAAAACCAGAAGAACUAGUACUGCGUUUAAUGAAUGCAAAGGCUACAUGGGCGUGUUCGGCGCAAAUCUUGAAUCUUUAUUGUCUUGUGGACUUGUGACCAUUCGAGACCCAACGAAAAGCUUUGAUUUCUGUUAUGAUUAUAAAUAUUAGUCUUUUUUUUCUUCUGGAUUCCAAUAUGACAAAACAUCUAUU